GCGGCACUACCACUACGAUCCCAAGCCGCCCCGGCACUUUCAAACGCCGGAGCGGUUCCUAUAGCAACUACAAACCGGAAGUGUGGUUCCGCGGCCGGAAGCGGAAGUUCCCAUCGGAAAGUUCAGCAGCCGGGUUGAGGCGCUGCAACUGGGGCAGUUCGAGUCCACGUGGAGCCGAAGCGGGAGAUUGGGGAGCUGAAGGCAGGUCGCGGCGGCGAGAGGCGCCCUUUUCCAGCCCCGCGGGCCUCGGGCCAUCCCGCUCCCUCGGGUAGGUGUCGGACGUGCGCGCCGCGAGAUGGACACGCCGCCGCUCUCGGGUUCGGACUCGGAUUCUGAUGAUUCUGUUGUCACAGACAGGGAGUUGCAGGAUGCGUUUUCCCGAGGGCUCCUGAAGCCAGGCCUCAACGUGGUGCUUGAGGGGCCGAAGAAGGCAGUGAACGACGUGAAUGGCCUGAAGCAGUGUUUGGCUGAAUUCAAGCGGGAUCUGGAAUGGGUUGAAAGGCUUGAUGUGACCCUGGGUCCGGUGCCGGAAAUCAGUAAACCUCAGUCAACAUCUCAGAGCAAGGAUCAGAAAGCUGUUGAUCCAGAAGAUGACUUCCAGCGGGAGAUGAGCUUCUACCGCCAGGCCCAGGCCGCAGUGCUUGCGGUGUUACCCCGCCUCCGUCAGCUCAAAGUCCCUACCAAGAGGCCCGAUGAUUAUUUUGCAGAGAUGGCCAAGUCCGACCAGCAGAUGCAGAAGAUUCGACAGAAGCUACAGGCUAAACAGGUGGCCAUGGAGAAGUCGGAAAAGGCCAAGCAACUGAGAGCAUUGAGAAAAUACGGAAAGAAGGUCCAAACAGAGGUUCUUCAGAAGAGGCAGCGGGAGAAAGCGCAUAUGAUGAAUGCUAUUAAGAAAUACCAGAAAGGCUUCUCGGAUAAACUGGAUUUCCUUGAGGGAGAUCAGAAACCUGUGGCCCGUGGCAAGAAGGAAGGAGCUAAAGGCCAGCAGAUGAAGAAGGGGCCCAGUGCCAAAAGACGCUAUAAAAACCAGAAGUUUGGUUAUGGUGGAAAGAAGAAAGGCUCCAAGUGGAACACUCGUGAGAGCUACGAUGAUGUAUCCAGCUUCCGGGCCAAGACAGCUCAUGGCAAGGGCCUCAAGAGGCCUGGAAAGAAAGGGUCAAAUAAGAGACCUGGAAAACGGACAAGAGAGAAAAUGAAGAGCAGAGCACGCUGAGCAGCAUCUUUGAAAACAAAGAAGCAAGAAAAAGGAAUGAAGACUUGGGAUUUCAUGAUGCAGUGGGCUCCCUUCUGUUGGUUUCUUUUUAUAAAAAAUUCUGUCAAUAAACUAAGGAAAAAUUUUCAAA